AUGCCGUCCGAAACAAAGGAACAGCCAUUGCGAUACGUGCAUUAUUCUAUCCCCGAUGCCGACUUCGACAAAUAUAAGGAAAUGCCCAGUCAGUUUGCCGAGAUGAACACACUGUCAGCCGUGGAGAUGCGUGAAAUCAUGUCUCAGCUCCCAGUGACGUUCCCAUAUGAUGAGUCAAUCACCGAGAGCAUCGAGAUUAGCCAUCGAAACAUCACAGCUCGGGAUGGCGCUGAGCUGGAGCUUAGAAUUUACAAGGACAACACUGUUGGCCAGAACUCAACAUUGUUUUUUGUGGCGCAUGGAGGAGAUAUGAAGGUGAUCCAUGGCUGGGUUCUUGGGGACCACACCGCUGAAGAGGCCAUGAAUCGUUUGGUUGCCAAGAGAACCGACUCGGUUGUUGUUAGUGUCAAUUAUCGUCUGAGAGUUACUACAUUCCUUCCCAUACAUGAGAUUCAAAGUGCUCUUCCUUGUUGGAGAUGUUCUGAUGGUAGAAAUAGGGCCCCGGAAUAUCAAUUUCCCUAUGCCGUCAAUGACUGCUGGGAUGCAAUUGAAUGGUGUAGAGACAAUGCAGAUACCCUAGGGAUCAACCCAAAGAAGGUGAUUGUCGGUGGAAGCAGUUCUGGGGGAAACAUUGCUGCCGUGCUAGCUAUGAAAGACAGAGACGAAGGCAUUGGGGCUGUCAUCGGUCAGGUCCUGAAUGUACCUGACAUAUGCCGCCCGGCGCACUUCCUAAAGGACAAAUAUGAAUAUCACAGUCCCGAGCAAAACAAGGAUGCGCCAGUGAUGCCAACGCAUGCUACUCAUUGGUUUUGGGAGCAAUAUUGCCCCACAGCCGGCGCAGAACCCUAUGCCAGUCCUCUGCUGGCCCAUUCUUUUACGGGGCUGGGACCUGCAUUGAUUCAGGUCGCUGGACAAGACCCGAUUCGUGAUGAGGGUCUCGCUUAUGGCGAAGCUCUAGAAAAGGCAGGUGUUCCUGUACACACCAAGGUCUAUGCUGGCUUGCCUCAUGCCUUCCACCUUUUUCCAGACCUGAAAGCCACUGCAGCAUUCUAUGAUACAAUUAUAGAAUGGAUUACGACACUUCAGAAACAGAGUUGA